CUGCAAUUGUCGUUCCCAUCUCAAGCGUUCCUCCACAAUGCCCUUAGAACUGGACCCCGCAUUUGCCGAGGCUGCCGACCCUCUCCUGCAGAUAUUGGCCGCCAGCCCAAAGCACGAAUUGCAUGAUAUCCACGCUCGCCGGAUAGGUAUCACCGCCCUGUAUGAUUCCGUGUUCGCGGUAUUGCCCUAUGCUCGGGGUGUAGAACGGACGGUUCAUCAAGUCCGGUCCCAUGACGGAUGGACCAUUUCCGUCAAACGCUACUAUAAGAAGAACAAUUCGUCUCCUGCUUCUUCUGGACGUGGCCCCGCAAUCUUCCACGUGCAUGGAGGGGGUAUGAUUCAGGGCACGGUUGAUCUCUUCGACAAGGCGCUCGCCCUGCAAGUCGAGAAGAGCAACAUUCCGAUCUUCUCGGUAGAUUAUCGGCUGGCACCCGAGUGUCCGCAUCCAACACCACUUGAGGACUGCUAUGCUGGGCUAGCGUGGCUCCAUCGGCAGGGAGCCCAAUUCAGGGUAGACAACAACCGCAUUUGUCUCAUGGGGGAGAGCGCCGGGGGAGGCCUUGUUGCGGGCAUUGCCAUGCUGGCUCGGGAUCGGGGCUUAUCCCCGCCUCUAGCGAAGCAGGCUCUCUUUUACCCCAUGUUAGAUGACAAGAAUACUGUCCCGAAUCCUGCACUGGAGCCUUUCACCACGUGGACUUACGAUGACAAUCUCACUGGCUGGACUGCCCUGUUGGGACAAGAUAUCGGGACGGACAAUGUCUCGCCAUACGCUGCGCCUGCCCGAGCCACCAACCUGGAAGGCUUGCCGCCAACGUACAUCGACGUAGGCGCGCUGGACAUCUUUCGUGACGAAGCUAUCGCCUUCGCGGCGAAGAUCGCAGCUGCCAAUAUCGAUUUGGAAUUGCAUGUGUACCCGGGCCUGCCUCAUAUUUUCGAGAUCUAUGCCCCAGACUGUGAACCCUCUCAGAGGGCCGUCGAAAAUCGAUUCAAGUUCAUUACCAGCCUAUAAUUCGGCAUACAGGGGCUUUGGUGGCAUGUUUUAUGUCACUGAGAACCGAGUCGCUUGACCAGACCGAUCAGAAUAGAUGGCGACUAUGGCGUGUGUUGUGGGUAUGAUCAAUUGAGCGAUGUGGAACUGACUAGAAUGGUGUUUGGGUUGGCUGUUCAGAGAGUGCGUCAUUCGGAAGAGCGGAGUGGCUGAGGGCCAGAUGCAAUACAAGAUGGUCAGAGCUUCCGGCUAAGCCAUGAGGGUGUAUGUACUGGAUAUCAGUCCAACACGGCUACUGUAGGCAGAACAAGAUUGUACGUAUGUGCUAGGAC